CGAUUUUUUUGGUACUUCCUUUCCUUUGCCACAUUUCGUUUUGUCAAUAUCCUAAACGAAUGCUGUGUUCAUAAGCACACUUAUAAAAUUAAUCGGCAAGCAGGAAGUUUGAGAUCGAGUUUCCCCUACAUCAAAACGUAUAAAAAUGCUAUUUCACCUCUAAAAUUUGAAGGCCUGAGGCAAGACUGGUGCCGGCGAUAUUCUCGUGCAACUGAUAUCUUGUCGUUAGCGGCUUAG